AUGGAAGGAUCACUGGUGGUCAUGUCGACGACGACAGAUCCAGGAGAGAGGCCACCGAGGACUCCCUCAUCUUGA